AUGGUUCAGGGACGAGUUCUCGUCAUUGCCGGCUCGGACUGCUCCGGCGGAGCGGGCCUCGAGGCGGAUCAAAAGGUCAUCGCGGCGCAUGGUUGUUACGCCAUGACGGCCACCACGGCGCUGACGGCGCAGGAUACAACUGGUGUGCAUGACAUCCACCAUGUGCCGCAGGAGUUUCUGCUCAAGCAGAUUGAUGCCUGUAUUGGUGAUAUCGGGGUGAACGUUGUCAAGACUGGCAUGCUGGCUUCGCCUGCCACGAUUGAGACGGUUGUUCAGGCUCUCAAGAGACACAAUGUUCCCAAGGUGGUCGUGGAUCCGGUCAUGAUCGCGACCAGCGGCGCGGAGCUGCUCCCCCGCGAGGCCGUCGCCGAGCUGCUGGAGGGCUUGCUGAAGCUCACCACUGUCCUCACGCCCAACAUUCCCGAGGCCAAGCUCAUCCUCGAGGACUCGGGGCACGACUCGAUCGAGGUCGAGAGCGUCAAGGACCUUGAGGCGAUGGCUAAGUCGGUGCAGGCGCUGGGGCCCGAGUGGGUGCUCGUCAAGGGCGGGCACGCGCCGUUUAAAGAGGACCUCACUGUUGCGCGGAGCGAGGGGGAGAAGGCUGUCGUUGUGGAUGUGUUGUAUGGACAUGGCGAGUUUUGGCAUGUGAAGAGUCCGUAUCAGAGCUCGACGAAUACGCAUGGGACUGGCUGUUCUUUGGCUUCUGCUAUCGCGUCUAACUUGGCAAAGGGUCUCGGUGUGCCGGAAGCUGUCAAGUCGGCUUGUCGGUACAUAGAGGCUGGGAUCAAGACCGCCCCUGGGUAUGGGAAGGGACAUGGUCCGUUGAACCACUUUCACUCUAUCCAGACGCUGCCUUUUGCACCGGGGCGUUUCAUCGAAUACAUGCUCGAGAGGCCAGACGUGAAGGAUGUUUGGAAGACUUUUGUGUACCAUCCUUUUGUCAUGGCAAUGGGAGACGGGACGCUGCCCAUGGAGUCGUUUAAGCAGUAUCUUAUCCAGGAUUACCUAUAUUUGGUCCAUUUCGCCAGAGCCAAUGCGCUAGCUUCUUACAAGGCGAAGAGCAUAGCAGACAUCUCAGCCGGUGCUACAAUCGUUAACCACAUAACACGUGAGAUGAGCCUGCACAUCGACUACUGCAAGGGCUUUGGCAUCACUGUGCCUGAAAUUGAGGCCACAGAGGAACAUCAAGGCAAACACGAGGACGAAACUGACAAAGGGCCAUACGCAGCCUGCACGGCAUACACGCGCUAUGUCCUCGACGUUGGCGUCAGCGAGGACUGGAUCGCGCUGCAAAUGGCUCUUGCGCCGUGCCUGCUCGGAUACGGCGCCGUGGCGAAGCAGCUCCACGGCGACGUCAAGACGAAGCGCGAGGAGAACACGUACUGGAAGUGGAUCGAGAACUACGUUGCCGAUGACUAUGUUGGGGCGGUGAAGACCGGCUCAGAGUUGAUUGAGAGACAUGCCGCGUUGCAGAGUCCGUCGAGUAUAGAGCGGUUGGUCAAGAUCUUCAUUCACGGCACAAAGAUGGAGAUUGGCUUCUGGGAAAUGUUUCCUUACCGGUGA